GCGCUGCAGCGCCACCUGGCCGCCCGCGGGCAGGAGCUGGGCCAGCGGGCCCCCGAGCUCGGCCUGGAGGUGCGGCAGACGCUGCACAAGUGCACGUGCCUGCGGAACGAGAUGCACCACUUCGCGCAGAAUAUUUACUCGUACGUGAUGUGCGAGGUGUUGGAGACCGCCUGGGCUCGGCUGCAGUCCGGUUGGCAGGAGUGCGAGGACCUGGACCAGGCUGGAGCCGCCGCUGCCACCUUCAGGGGCCCGCGCGGCCGGGAGGGUGCCACCUUCGCACCAGGACGCGGCGCACCAGCGGGCGCUGCCGCUCUCCAGGUCAUCCGGGAACACCACCGCUACCUCGCGUGCAUCGAGGAGGGUGCGUUCCUCGCCGCGAAAAGCGAGCCCAUCCUCACGGCGCUGACCGCGCUGUUCGGCUUGGCGCUGGAGUUCGCCGAGCUCCACGAGCAGGUCUGCACCUCCGCCUUCGAGGCGGUCGCGGUGCUCGGCGCCGAGCUGGACGGGCCCCUGCCGCUGGCGCGCGCGCUCGCGCAGUGCCGCGCGCAGCUGGACCAGGUCGGCGCCUCCUUCCUCAUGCGGCUGCUGGCCCUGCUGCGGGCGCUCGAGGUCCAGCCGCCCCUGCAGCACCUGCUGUCCGACCUGCGCUUCCUGCUCUGCCGCCUCGACUUCAACGGCCACUACGAGCAGAAGCGCACGGCGCCCUUCGCGGCUGCUCUGCUGCGGUGGGCUCCGAUGUACGCCCGGCGGAGCUCCAGCCCCGCCGUGGCCGUGCGGGUGGAGGCCUGCUCCAUGGCCGCGCCCUCCAUGGGCGGCGUGCCCACGCCCUCGCGGGCGCCGUGCGCGGCGUCCGCGUCCCCCGCGCCGGCGCCCCGGGGCCGGGCCGCCACGGACCCCGAGGCGCUGAAGGAGAGGGCCCGCCUGGAGCAGGAGCUGGAGAUGGACAGGCGCUUCUUCACGGACCCCCCGGAGGACUACGUGAGGUGCCCCACCUGCACGGUCGUGUACGCGGUCCACCAGUCGAGGCCGGUGACGCCCCAGGACAUCAUGGCAGUGGUGGCGCCCAUACUUCCGGCCUCCUACUCGAAGGAGCUGCCCAGGGCCGCGAACCUGACCCUGGAGGAGGCCAUGAGGCACAUGCACCGUUCGAGAUUCCGCUGCGCUCAGUGCGACACGGACAGACUUCUGCCGCUGCGGGGCGUCCCCGUACCACUGGGGCUGGUCCUGCGACGGCUGGCAGAAGCACCAGGCGACCGUGGACGAGGCGUGCCCCGUGGGCUCCUGCCGCUGGUGCCAGCAGCCCUGCAUGGCUAA